GAUGGAGUUUACGUUGUUGCUGAAGUCCAUGCUAAGUGCUUGCCAGUGUCACGCUCGCGUCAUCGUGUCGUAAAAUGGGUACAACCAUAUCCCAAUUGGAAAGAGAUAUUGGUUCCGAUCAGUUUCCACCUAAUGAACACUAUUUUGGUUUAGUCAAUUUUGGUAAUACCUGUUAUAGCAAUUCAGUGCUACAAGCUUUAUAUUUUUGUCGACCAUUUAGAGAAAAGGUUUUGGAAUACAAAGCUAGAAAUAAGCGAACUAAAGAAACUCUGCUAACAUGUUUGGCAGACCUAUUUUACAGUAUUGCAACCCAAAAGAAAAAAGUAGGCUCUAUAGCGCCAAAGAAAUUUAUCGCCAGAUUAAGGAAAGAGAAAGAGGAAUUUGAUAAUUAUAUGCAACAAGAUGCGCAUGAGUUUUUGAACUUUCUUAUAAAUCACAUAAAUGAAAUUAUUUUGGCGGAGAGAACUCAAAGCAAGCCGACUGGAGGAAAGUGUGGGGCAGGAGAUGCUGCAGGUUCGCCACCAGAGCCCACAUGGGUUCAUGAGAUAUUCCAAGGGAUACUGACGUCGGAAACACGCUGCCUUAACUGUGAGACUGUCUCUAGCAAAGACGAGGACUUCUUCGAUCUGCAAGUUGACGUAGAUCAAAAUACGUCGAUCACACACUGCCUCAGAUGUUUCUCCAAUACAGAGACCCUGUGUAGUGACAACAAAUUUAAAUGCGAUCACUGCAGCAGUUACCAGGAAGCUCAGAAACGAAUGAGAGUGAAAAAACUACCUAUGAUACUAGCGUUGCAUCUAAAAAGAUUUAAAUACGUAGAACAAUACAAUCGCCACAUAAAAGUAUCUCACAGAGUAGUUUUUCCAUUGGAGCUCAGACUUUUCAAUACUAGUGAUGAUGCUGUAAAUCCAGAUCGUUUGUAUGAUCUGGUGGCAGUUGUGAUACAUUGUGGAAGUGGGCCUAAUCGAGGGCAUUACAUUUCUAUAGUUAAAAGUCAUGGAUUCUGGUUGCUCUUCGACGAUGAUAUGGUUGACAAAAUUGAUGCGUCAACUAUAGAAGAUUUUUAUGGACUCACAUCAGAUAUUCAGAAGAGCUCUGAAACUGGUUAUAUCCUGUUCUACCAAUCGCGAGAUUGUAGUUAAAGUUUAAUAUGAAUAGCAAUUGAAGAUAAGCACUCCUAUACGCUAAUUUCGUAUUUUAACAAAGUGCGCGGUAUAUGUGAAUUUUUGAAUGUUCUAAUGGUUUGUCAGAUUAUUUAUGAGAAUGAUGGAUAUACGAUGUUUGAUAAUGUUUUGGCUCGUAGAAUAUAAAAAGAGAAGCAAAAAGUAGUUCCAUAAUUUAUCUAAAUUUUUAUAUAUAAUUUUUGGUUUGUAUAUAUAAACCAGCAGUUGGAGAAAAUUGGGAAGUAUUAGGCGAUGCUUUAUAUUUAUUUAUGUUUAAAAGCUAGUCUGCCUUUUGAAGAGAAUGAAUAAUUUACUUUAUUACAAUAACUUAAACGUGUCCAUUGAUAUAAAGAGAAACGUUAGCACGUUCAGAUUCUAUACAAAUGUAAAAAUAUGACUGAGAAUAAAAAUAUUGUUAUGAGACUGUGCAUUUUGCUUAUUUAUCAUAUUAGAAGCGGCAACAUAAAUUUGUAGCACGAAAUCAAAACCAAUUGGCUUCUCUAAACAAAGUAUUACCACUUUGUUCACAAUAAUGUUCUUAGAAAAACAAUCUUAUUCAAUUAUUCUGAUUCUUAAACUGAUAAUAUAUUAUGUAAGAUAAAUGUACCAGUUAGUGGACGUGAACCAAUUGUUAA